CGCCAGUCCCCCGGUGGAAGCAGUGCUGGCAGGACUCCUAGGGCGAGGCUGAAAGAGACACUGCUAACUGAAGGUGGAGCCACAGGCAACAACAGCUGACUGGCAGCGGGUCCGGGCCCGUGGUGGGCGGGCAGAGGCGGGUACGGAGGAGACCCCACUGCAGUCCACGCAGGCCCGCCUCCGUCCCCGGGAUUCUCCGCCCUGUCGGGCCUGAGGACGCGCAGCUCUGCUGGUGGGUGACCCCGGCCCAGGCGGACCACCGCAGCCUCACAGCCCGGCCGGAGCGCCGGAAGCCCAGGCCACAGCACUUCCGGGGGCGCGUCCUCGCGCAGUCGCGCUCUGAUUGCCGUGCAUGCCCGCUGGCGUCGUAGAGCGGUAGCAUGGCGGACCCCGAAGCGCUGGGAUUCGAGCACAUGGGCCUCGACCCUCGGCUCCUGCAGGCCGUCGCCGACCUGGGUUGGUCGCGCCCCACGCUGAUCCAGGAGAAAGCCAUCCCGCUAGCCCUGGAGGGGAAGGACCUCCUGGCUCGGGCGCGCACGGGCUCGGGGAAAACGGCCGCUUACGCCGUUCCGAUGUUGCAGCUACUGCUCCACAGGAAGGCGACUGGCCCUGCGGUAGAGCAGGCUGUGAGAGGGCUCGUGCUGGUGCCCACCAAGGAGCUGGCGCGGCAGGCCCGGACCAUGAUUCAGCAGCUGGCCGCCUACUGUGCUCGGGACAUCCGGGUGGCUGACGUCUCAGCUGCUGAAGACUCAGCCUCUCAGAGAGCUGUGCUGAUGGAGAAGCCUGACAUCAUAGUGGGGACCCCAUCUCGCAUCUUAAACCACUUGCAGCAAGACAACUUGAUCCUUCGAGACUCCCUGGAGCUGCUAGUGGUGGAUGAGGCUGAUCUCCUCUUCUCCUUUGGCUUUGAGGAGGAACUCAAGAGUCUGCUUUGUCAUUUGCCCCGGAUUUACCAGGCUUUUCUGAUGUCGGCUACUUUCAACGAGGAUGUGCAGGCCCUCAAGGAGUUGGUACUGCAUAACCCGGUCACGCUCAAGCUGCAGGAGUCCCAGCUGCCGGGGCCAGACCAGUUAAAGCAGUUCCAGGUGGUCUGUGAGACGGAGGAGGACAAGUUCCUGCUGCUGUACGCGCUGCUCAAGCUCUCGCUGAUCCGGGGCAAGUCCCUGCUGUUUGUCAACACACUGGAGCGGGGCUACCGGCUGCGCCUGUUCCUGGAGCAGUUCGGCAUCCCUGCCUGUGUGCUCAACGGGGAGCUGCCGCUGCAGUCCAGGUGCCACAUCAUCUCACAGUUCAACCAGGGCUUCUACGACUGCGUCAUAGCGACUGACACUGAAGUCCUGGGGGCCCCAGUCAAGGGCAAGCGUCGGGGCAAGGGACCCAAAAGGGACAGAGCUUCUGAUCCGGAGGCCGGUGUGGCCCGGGGCAUAGACUUCCACCACGUGUGUGCCGUGCUCAACUUUGAUCUGCCCCCUACCCCUGAGGCCUAUAUCCAUCGGGCUGGCAGGACAGCCCGCGCCAACAACCCAGGCAUGGUUUUGACCUUUAUGCUGCCUGCUGAGCAGUCCCACCUGGACACGAUCGAGGAGCUCCUCAGUGGAGAGAAUGGGACUCCUGUCCUGCUUCCCUACCAGUUCCGCAUGGAGGAGAUCGAGGGCUUCCGCUAUCGCUGCAGGGACGCCAUGCGCUCGGUGACCAAACAGGCCAUCCGGGAGGCGAGGUUGAAGGAGAUCAAGGAGGAACUUCUGCAUUCGGAGAGGCUCAAGACAUACUUUGAAGACAACCCCCGGGAUCUCCAGCUGCUGCGGCACGACCUGCCCUUGCACCCCGCUGUGGUGAAGCCUCACCUUGGCCACGUCCCUGACUAUCUGGUCCCUCCUGCCCUGCGCGGUCUCGUCCACCCUCACAAGAGGCGGAAGAAGGUGGCCUCUAAGAAGGCCAAAGUUAAGGCGAGGACCCGGAACCCACUGCGCAGCUUUAGGCACAGAGAGGAGAGCCGCAGACCCGCAGCUGCACCUCCCUGAGUCCACGGGAGCAGUCCAGGGUCUCGAGGGGCUUCUUCAGGGGCCAAGCAGGGAGCAGGCCCGGCUUCCCGCCCUGGAAGGACCGGAUCGCAGGACUGGCAGACCCAUGGUGGUUGGGGUUCCUGGUCCCGCCAGGCUGGCAUUUUGUUGCUUGAUAGAAUAAGGACUCUGACCUGCGCUUCCUGUAUCAGGGAAGGGAUGCUCAUCUCUGGAAGCCUUGGGAAUUAAACCUUGUCCAGGAGGAGGCACCUGGC